AUGAGCUCCGGCGACGACGACAACGACGCUACGCGUCACCGCUUCUUUGCAGCGUGCGCCAAGGGCGACGUGACCACGGUCACCGAGACCCUCGCGCUUGGCGACGUCGACGUCAACGACGUCGACGACGACGGCAAUGGCGCACUCUUGCUCGCGUGUAAAUACGGGCAGCUGGACGUCGCCCAGCUUCUCUUGCUUCAUCCGUUUCUAGAUGUGAAUGCAUUCAACGACGUGGGCUAUACGCCGCUGAUGGAAGCCGUCGAUGCGAGCCACCCCGCGCACGUGGCCGCACUCCUCCAGCACCCGAGCAUCAACGUUGAAGCGACGGCGCCGGGCGGGUCCACGGCGCUCAUGCUCGCCUGCAUCCAAAACGAAGUCGAGAUUGUUACGCACCUGCUCGCGUACCCUGGUCUCCGUGUCCACCACGGCCUCGAGCGCACGGGCAUUACCCCCUUCAUGAUGGCCGGCGCCGUCGACGUCGUCCGCUUUCUUCUGGACCAGCCGCGUCUUCGCGUUAACCAAGUCGAUGCGAACGGCUACUCGGGGCUAUUGCUGGCGUCGGACGGGGGGCAUUCAGACGUUGUCCGGCUGCUCUUGCCCCAGUCCGACAUCAACCUUGUCGACGUGAGAGGGGUCUCGGUGCUCAUGUAUGCGGCGCAGCAAGGCCGGACCGAGAUUGUGUCAUUGCUCCUCGCGCAACCGGGGCUCGACGUCAACUGCACCGAUAGCGACGGCAACUCGGGCUUGGUGCUCGCGAGUGCGCACGGGUAUCCCGACACUGUCGACUACCUCUUGGACCUGCCGCGCAUCGACGUCAACCUCGUCAACACGGACGGCAUGACGCCGCUGCUGCUCGCGAUUGCCGACGACCACGCUGGUAUCGUACGGCAGCUCUUGGCCGAGCCCACGAUCGACGUCAACGCGCCCGACGGCGAGGGUCGGACGCCACUCAUGGCCGCCAGCCUCUUUGGCCAUUGCGAGAUCACGCGCGCGUUGCUGAGUCAUCCGCACGUGCUUGUCAACGCCCAAGACGAGGAAGGGUCGUCAGCGCUAUACUACGCGUCGGCCCUCGGCUUUGUUGAUAUUGUGGACGCCCUUCUCGACGCGACCAAGGACAUUCAAGUCAAUGCCACGACGCUGACGGGGAUGACGCCGCUCAUGGCUGCGAUGGACCGUGACCAUGAUCGUGUGGUUGCGACCUUACUCAAGCACCCUGCUAUUGUCGUGCCCGAGGCCAAGCGCGACGCUGCCCACGCUCCGUAA